AUGUUCGGCUCCCUGCGGCGCAGCAGCAGCAGCAGACUGGACCUGCAGAACCUCACCAGGGUGACGGUCCAGCGCAGCCUGGAGGAUGCUGAGGAGGCAGAGCGUCAGCGCCGGAGACGAGACAGGGAGAAGCUGAGAGGAGCAGGAGGUCCAUCCUGCACAGAGACCCCCGAACACAACAUGGCCCGGGACGAGCAGCAGAAGCCGAGCUGCCGGCCGGUCCUAGAGGAGGACGAGGGUUUCAGCGACUGGAGCCACAGGCUGGAGAACCGGGAACAGCUGAGGGUCCAGGAGGCCUGCAGGGCCAGGGAGAGAAGACCCGCCACUCCUCGAUGGAAAUCUGAGCCUGGAGAGAAGGAGGAGGAGGAGGAGGAGGAGGAGCAAUGGGAGCCUGAACCAAUCAGCCGAGCCCAGGAGGCUCCAGCUGGACGGACAGGAGAGAUGUGCAGCAGGAAACAGGAAGUGAAGGCGUCGUACAGCUCCACGGUCUUCAUGAUGCAGGACAGCAGCAGCCAAUCAGCUGACAGGACGUCCUACCUGGUGGCCGGGACCAUCCGAGCACGAUCAGGGCUGAAGGAGCAAAAACAGAGGAGGAGCCGGGAGGAGAACCAGAGGAGAACCGGGGAGGAGAGCCAGGGGAGGAGCCGGGAGGAGAACCAAGGGUGGAGCUUGGAGGAGAACCAGAGGAGAACCAGGGAGGAAAGCCAGAGGAGGAGCUUGGAGGAGGAGAACCAGAGGAGGAGCAGGGAGGAGAACCAGUGGAGGAGCACAGAGGAAAACCAGAGACGGAGCGGAGAGGAUAACCAGAGGAUAACCAAGGAAGAGAAUCAGAGGAGGAGCAAGGAGGAGAACCAGAGGAGAACCAGAGAAGAGAAUCAGAGGAGGAGCAAGGAGGAGAACCAGAGGAGGAGCUUGGAGGAGGAGAACCAGAGGAGGAGCUUGGAGGAGGAGAGGAGAAGAUCUUGUGUGUCUCUGUCCAGCGGCGAGGGCGAGGAGGCGUCGCACGGCUACGGUCCAAUGAGCCCGACAUUCAAGAAACUCCUGAUCCAGUUUUACCCCGAGGAGCUGGACAGCAGAGUGGAUGCUUCCUACAAGAUCACAGAGAGAGCCGAGUCUCUGAGGAGGAGCCUGAACGUCACGAAGAAGAGCCCGCCGCCGCCGCCACCGCCGGCCGUGUGCACGCUGGACAGCCGGCUGGAGCGCUACACACACGCCGCCCAGAUCUCCUGCAGUGAAGUCAAAGCGGGCAGAGCAGCAGACCUGCCGAGCCCCGCCGAGCCCGUGGCCUCCAGGAGGAACCUGUUUGAGUCCUGGAGCCGGAGCCCCGUCAGCCUGAACCCAGCCAAGGACACAGAGGCUCUGAAAGUGGGCGUGGCCGAGCUCGUCAGCCAAUGGGUGAGAGGCGGUGCAGACGGGAGCCGAGACGCUGCGACCACACCGGCGGGCAGCUCCUCUGGUAAAAGAUAUAAAUUUAUGGUGACGGGUCACGGCAAGUAUGAGAAGAUCUCUGUGGAUGACGAUGAUGAAAACACAACCUGCCACUCAGGAUCUGAUAAAUGGUUUGUUGAUGUGGAAAAUGUGGAGGAAUGUGUGAACGUCUCCAAAUAG